UCCGGAACCUGGCGCGAAAAAAUAAAUUCAACAGGAAAACAGAAGUCGUGAGAAGGAUAAACUACUUUUAAUUAAUUUACUCCUUAUAUAUAUAUUACAUCUAACGGUGUCGGGUUUCUCACUCUUUAUAAGCCGUAUUGUCAACUAAGAAGUGAUCCACUUUUCAAGCAAAGGUUGUUUGGAGACAUGAAUCCAGAAGACGUGGUUAUCAUUCUCAGUGAUGAUGAUGAUGAUGUGUCCAUCAACGAAUCGGUCUACAUCGUCGAAGACAUCCAGAACAACGUAUACCCAGUAGAUCAGUCUAACUGCAGCAGGUCACAUGAUCCUGAAGGAGAAGAGGACCUGGUCGUUACCUUCUGUCAGAGAGGAGAGGUGCUGCCUCACGCACGCUAUGACUGUACCGCGCACACCUUCACACCAACAGACAGUGAUGUAGGAGGACCAAUAGAAUCCAACCAGCUCUUCUGUCACCAGUGCUUCUGUUACGUCUGUGACAAGGUCGCCUCGGAGUGUUCUGUGUGGACUGUGUCAGGAGUGUGCCACUGCAACGCCCAUAAGAGGAGUGUGUUCUGGAGCAACAAGAGAGACAAGGUGGUUCUGGGAUACCUUCAGAUGUUUAACUUCAACCUGCUAGAGAUCGACAGCGACCUCCGACUGGCAGAGUCCUUACUGCUGCAGUUGGAGGAGGAGUUGUCCAAGGAGUACGCCUCCUUCCAGAGGGGCGUGGCUGUGAGGGGAUUGGCUGUACAAUGUGCCUGUCACUGCCACACAGCCAAUCGUUUGGAAUGCGGGAACUGCCAAUCAAAUCACCUGCUGCUACUGGUCUACGAUUAUUCGCAGGUGUUUGAGUGUGUGUGCCGCUUCCUUGGACGUGCGGAGAGAGAGAGACCGAGAGCAGCAGCUGUUAUGAGACUUGGAGCAGCUCAACUCUUCAUUACACACUGUCAACCUCCUGGACCAGUGAUUUCCCAUCAUCUUGAGGCCAGGAUAGAGGAGGCCCUGCCCUUGCUGCUAACCAGGGUAAUGGAGGCGGUGCGGAGACAGAUGGUGGAGUGUGACUUCAGUCCAGAGUUUCUCCAGAAACUUCAAGGUUUCUACCAGACCCUCCCCCUACCUCCCAGCUGCAUCGCUCUGAGAAACAGGCUGUGUGUCCUCCCCUGGUCAGAUGCCCUGCUGGUCUCAGUGUUAAAGGGACAGAACGUGACGGGGAUCCGCCCGGGAAAAGGGAAGAAGGAGCCUCUGACUGAAUCCGCCGCUGUUGUCCUGCUGAGAGCUGAAACAUUACAGAGACUCACCAGGUUCAGGGAGUUGACCCGUUACCUGAAGGUGGUUCAUACUGGGAACACAGAACUUGUCCAGGCGGUGCGGGAUCUGAUCCCUCUCUUCCUGAUGAAGGCCGGGGACUUUAGCUCCGCCCUCUCCUCCUUCUUCUCUCCGCCCCCUGGGGUCUGCUGCCCCGUCUGCCGCCUAACGCCACGCCUCUUCACCCUCUACCUACGCAUCAUCACCACGGCAACCACGCCCAGCGCCACGCAGCCCCUCUCCCCCGACACUCCCUGGGAGGAGGUCAAAGAUGCUGUGGUUCCCAGGCAGGUCGAGGUGGUGAAGUUUGGCCUGAGGGUUCUGAACAGCAACAUGGCUGUCUACAAGGACUCUCAGAGUUGGGCAAACUUUCUCCACGUGCUCAGUUCUCCUGCUGGUCCUCCUGACACAGCCUUUCUGACGGUGGCGAGAAACGUUACCAUGGAGAUCCUGCUGAACCAGGGAUCUCUGGGACACCUCAUCCAGAUACCACGGACCUUCCUGAUGGUGUAUCCAGACCAGGCCCUGUUGCUGUUGGUAACUCAGGCUCUGGCGCUACGGAUCCUCCACGAACCUCUGACCCCCGCUCUACCCGUCCUCAACUAUUACAAGGGUCAUGUGUGGGCCUUGAGGUGGCUUGUUGGGUUCCUGUCUUCGUCUCCUGGAAGACUGGAGUCCUUCCUCAGAGGGGUAGCAGUGGAGCUACACAACAGUGAUGGAUCCCAGCUGUCGCCCUCCUCCUUCCCUUCUUCCUCCCUUAAAGACCAGCCUGACCCCUUCUGGCACUACCUCACAGACUUAAUCAGAGAGACUCUAUCUGUAAUCCCGGACUGCCGCAGGCUAGACCUGGAUCAGACUGGAGUGUGACUCAGACUGUGUGUUUGUGUGCGUGUGCGAGAACAUCUCUCAAUGAAGAAGAAGAAGACUAUGAUAAUAAUAUGUUUAUCUGACUGUUAAUAAGAUCUUUUAUGCCUUUUUUUUCUACAAAUAAACAUAUAAUUUAUUUAUCCGUAUUGUUGUUCCUGUGACACAAAAAUAAAGAUCUGUUUUACACGUAA